AUGUCGAUUAUCCGUCUGGUCUUGCAGGCACUUCUGGCAGAUCGUCACCCCCUCCAUCGCCUCUUCCCUCUCAUUCCCGCGAUUCGCUAUCCUUUACUCAGCCAGCUCAUACUGCGUUUGCGACGCAAUGGCCUUCUCCGAACUCUGACAAUCCGACAGGAUCCAGGAUCUGAUGAGAGUACGAAGACACCCCUUCCUUUGAAGUGCAUCUUCCAUGCACGCUGCACGUCAGCGAUGGACUUGGCGUCUUCGGCGAUGUAUGCUAGUCGGCGCUGGAGGUUCGUUCUUAUGCUCACUCGAAGAUUUGCCGACAUGGUAAACGAAAACGCGGGUGUGGAGUUACGAGUUGUUGCGCUCAAACAUAUCAACGGCGUAUUUGCCGGUUAUGUUGUCAAGCACCCUUUCCCAAACCUCCAAACCGCGGGGUGUUGCUCUGGGAAUUCGUCUCACGUGUUUCUAAGCCGCCUCCAGCCCAUUUACUCCGUGGUUGUUGGGCUGUCGAGGGUGCGCCAUUUAGACCAUGUGUAA